AUGGCAGACCUCGAUGCGUUGAACGGCGAUCAUGCUGAUGACGCGACCUGGGUUUUGACAAGCAGCUUCGUGAUACUCACCAUGCAGAGUGGCUUCGGCAUGCUGGAGAUGGGAAGUUCAUCGAAAGGACAUGAGGUAAACAUUGUGCUGAAGAACAUUUUCGAUGUGGUUUGUGGAGCUCUGGCUUACUAUUGUGUUGGAUAUGGCAUUUCAUAUGGGUCGCCCUCCAAUCCGUUCAUGGGCACCGGCGACUAUUUCAUUGACACCAGCGACGAAGAUCGCAUAGGUUUUGCAGCCACCUCUACAACCAUUGUCAGUGGCUGUUUGGCCAUGCGUUGUCGUCUCAUAGUGUACUGCAUCUUCUCCUUCUACGCAGUCAUCGUCUAUUCCUUCGUGGCGCAUUGGAUCUGGGAGGAGAAUGGCUGGCUGCGAGCCAUUGGAGUGCACGACUUCGCGGGAAGUGGAGCAGUCAGCCUUCUGGGUGCGAUGAAUGGUCUCUUGGGGAUCCUCUUCAUCGGCCCGCGCCUGGGCCGCUUCGACGCCCAGCGGCCGCGCACGGACUUCGAACCCUCCUCGCCUCCAACGGUCUUGUUCGGGCUCUUCAUGUUGUGGUGGGGCUGGAUUGGCUUCAACUGCGGCAGCUCCUUUGGCAUCACCAAGAGCAAGUGGCUUGUGGUUAUCUAUCGGAGUGCUGAAACUUUGACCAUCAACAGUAAGAUCUUUGCCAUUUGUCUGGCUUCCCCGCUGUUGAAGCUCCACAUCGACGACCCGGUGGGCGCCGUGGGCGUCCACGGCGCCUCCGCCGUUUGGGGCCUCCUGGCGGUCGGCCUCUUCGCAGAUGGUGAGCUGCCAGGAAUCGACGUGGAGAACGGGCUCUUCCGGGGCGGUGGUCCUCACUUGUUGGGUGUCCAGCUGUUAUGUGCACUCUGCAUUUUGGCUUGGUCUGCCCUGGCAGUGACGCCCUUCUUCUACCUCACCGGCAUCGCCUUCAGCCGCGAUUGCCGCGACCCGCGCCGGGGGCUCCGCUUCGACCCGGAGGAUGAGGUGGCGGGGAUCGACGGUGCUGAGCACUCGCGCAAAUUCGAUCAAAAGAGCUUCGAUGACGUGGAGUCCGUGGAUUCCCGCGCCUCGCGCGAGACCGAAUGA